AAUUGCGCAGUCGCUUACGAACCGCGAUUGCGCGAAGACGUGUAUGGAUUAAGUCAAUUGCAUUUUUUUUUCGUUUUAUAAAAUUUCGUGUUUGUUUUUUACUUUUUUAUUUUGUUUUUUGUUUGUUUUAAGUUCUAAUAAACUAAAUUUUUCGGUUGGUUAAAAUAUAAAAUUUGAAAUGUCAAUAUAACGAAGAACAAUUGAUUUUUGAGACAUUUUUUUUGUACGUGAAAUGUAUACGAUCCACUCAACGCUGGAAUAAAUUAAAAUAAAAAUUUAUUUAAUUUAACAAAAAAAAAUUUUGUAAAUGAUUCACAUUUUGUGUGUAACAAAGUUUUCUGUUUGUUGCUAAAAGUACGCUAUCUAUCUAUGGUACAUGCAGAAUUGUAUCUAAAUCUUUGAAAUAAGUGUUAAAAAGAGACUCGAUUUUUUUCUUGCAACUUUGAUCAAGAGAGGUGUUGAAAUAAUUUUUUAAUUAAGAAAAAAAAAAUAUUUUGUGCAAACAGAGAUCAUUUCUAUAUUUGGAUUAACAUUUUGAAAUUGAAAGGAUUACCAUUUACGAAUUGAAUUUGGAGGUAAUGUCACAAAAUGGAAUCCAGCGUUGAGCGUACAGAUUCACAGAAAUCUCAAAAUAAUGGUCCUCGCGUAUCGUUUAAUAGGGAUGUUCACGUCAAACGGAUAGGUUCGCGACCCAAUGAACACACUAACCAUCCAACACAUCAAAUCCAUGCUAAUCACACACAAUCACCGCAACUCAGACGUGAACUGCCAUCAGAUCUAACCGAAGAAGGAAUACUGAAAGAAGCUGCGCUAGUACUAUCCCAAGCUGAACGUGUUAAAUGUACUGCUGAGGGUGGCAGCGAUAUUAUUGGCGGACGUGUAAAUGUAAAAAGUCGUGGUAGAAUUGAACGAAAGAACGACGACACAAGUCAAUUCCAUUCACUACCGACUAGGAAAAAGGCAGCGAAACCGAUUAGUCGAAGUGUAAGUGACGCUUCAGCCAAAAAAUCGAAACGACCGUCGAUUUUCAAUAUUUUUAGUAAAAAAGGUGACCAAAGUUCAGAUCAAAUUGAUUCGAAAGAAAAUCAAAUUAAGAAAAUCACGCGAAGUAAAAGUGACGUUGGUGAAUCCAAAGAAGCCAUUAGAAAAGCCAUACGAAAACGGAAUAACAGCGAAAGCGAUGACGUUGUAAUAUCCAAGAAGAAACCGUUGAGUCCUAUCAUUGAGAAUCCACCGCGUGAAUCAUACUUUUCGUCUCCCGCAAAGCCUGGUCGUGCCAACCGAAAUGGUUCAACUGUAAAUCUUCCACCCGGCAACAUAGGAUAUACUAGUCAAGAAGACUUAGAUCUUGUACCAUCAAAACCGAUAGCCGAUUCCAUAAAAGACACGAUAACGUCGAUCGUCAACCACUCGAAAUCCUCCGAGGAUAUGCACAGUUCGCAACAGCCGAUACAAAAACCUCCGUUGACCAAAGGCGUUACAGUUGACGGAAUCGUAAAAAGAUUAUCAAUGGAACGAUAUUCACCGCUACCUCAUUUACAUGGUCCAGCGUUUUCAUAUACGCGGCCAAAUGAUCAAAUUAUUUACGCACAGGUUGUGUGUGACACAGACGGCAGAUCGAAGCAAACGAUUCAUUCGAGUUACAAUUCAAAGGACCGUGAACUAUUUGCUAGUCAAUCACCUGGUGAUACCGUUGAUUCCGUUGGAUUAAAGAAACCAGAAAGUUCUAGUCACUCAAACAUUUUGUUUAAAAAUAUCGAAAAGCAUGAACGGUCCAUAUCUCCAGUUAGACACUUGGAUAUUGGACGUAAAGUCAACGGCGACUAUUUUGAUAAGAAAUUGAAUGGAACAGCAAAGACUAAUAGCGACGAAGAUGAAGGACUGGGUUUCGAAACUAGGCGUGACUAUGACGAACCACCAAUUGUUCCUGUUAUCCGUGAUGUCGUGUCACCAGUUCGAAUUCAAUUGGAUGCUUCGUACAGAGGCAGAGCAGACGGUACAGAAGAGCGCCGAAACGAACAUUUUCCCGAAAUGAGCGACCUGAGCAAUAGACGGAAAAUGCUUGAGUCACGCAUAUUCAAUAGGCAGAGGUCGACUGAACUUUUGGAUACCAAAAUCAGAUCGGACUCGCAUGAAAAGGAAAUGAAUGGUCACUCGAAUGAAUAUUAUCAGCGCCGAGCACAAAGUCAUCCAAGAGAAUACCGGUCACCUGAACGUGAAUAUUCCCAGUACCAUCGAUACAAUGAAUCAAACAAAUAUUCACCGGAACGAUCGCAUGUUUCACCAUCUCGAGAGGCAUCGAACUCGAAAAUCGUACGCGAAACUCGGUAUUAUCAUGACGGUCACGAUGGCUAUCGAGAUCAGUAUCGAAAGGAGACUACUGUGGGUGUGGAUGGUAUACCGCACACCAGGGAAUAUCACACACGACGAAAACUGAAUUCGCCGAGAGAGAUCGAUUUGGGUUACAUUGAAGAUAACCGUGACUACAUGCACAGUGAACACUUGGAACCGAACACCAGCUACUUCCAAGAAAAAUAUCGUCAAGAAUUUGAACCAAAAAGUUUGGAUUCCCAAUUUAGCGAAGUGAAUCGUUCGUCGCCGGAACAAAAUUACAGACAAACUCAACAGUCUGCUAACAGAUCCGAUAAGUUCCAAUCGCUAAAACGGGAAAAGAAGCAACAACGGAGUUUCGACAAAGGAGAUUCGGGCAUUGAAAAUGACUAUCGCAAAGAUUCGUUCAACGAUGGUGUGUCACCCAGAUGGAAGCGACGUACCACUCGUGACGACAUCAAAGCAUCAGACUUGUUCAUAAAGCGUGAGAAACAACAUUCCGAACAACUUCAGGCGAAACGUUUCGGUUUCGUUUUCCGUGAAAGGAGCAUCGACGAUGGUUCACACUUCGAUCCUAGGCUGGACAAGUAUCCCAGUGGAACGCUGAAGAGUAAUAAAACUGAAAAAUCGAUCAAUAAGAGUGGCACUUUAAAGAGCGAAAAGAAAAUCGGGGGAUUAGAAAAGGUCAAACAGUUAUUUACCGGCUCUUCGAAAAAGAAGCUGGAAAAUAAACAGGAGAAGGACAAGUUUAUGGUUCGUGAAGACGAAAUGCGACAACGCUAUAAAGAGUAUCGUCCCAAUAAAACCGUUAACAGCACUACUGUACGUACAUUUGAAAGCCGCGAACCAAAGCUUUCGGACAUUGCAACUAGACGACGUUUGUCAACGCCAAAAGCUAGUCCAAUUCCAAAACGAACUCCAUCCCAAAAAAGCUCCAAAAGUUCAAGCACAUCAUUACUAACCGAAACACCACAAAAACUGGGAUGGUUCAAAUCACUCGAUCGUUUAUCACGCAAAAAGUCACUUAAUUCCAACAAGGUGGACACAACAACUACCGAAGAAGAAUUCUCCAACCUACGUUCGAAUACACGACCUUCCAACAUUCGAAAAAGCACAAGUCCAAACCGCAAUGGACAGAAAUUACGAUUCUUCGGUGACACUGAUCUUGAAUCAAAUGCAAGCGUUUCGAAGGCAGCGACAUUAAAAUCUAAGCCAAGAAAGACCGUCAUUGAUUCGUCGACAUUGGCAAAGUCUCAAAAAUAUUCGCAGAGCGCGUUUGAUUUGAAUACGAUGCCGAGGAAGCCCAAAUAUGGUCUGUCGUCUGAAAAACAUCGCAGUUCGUCAUUGCAAAAUCUUGAUGAUGAUCAUCAAAAUGGAGGUCGUCGCACAACAACAAAACACACUUCGAGAAGCUCGAGAUAUUUGCACGACAUAUCGGAAAGUGCAUCGGACAAUGAAACUGACCGACCCAAACAUAUUUCGAUUCAAAACAGCUCCGGAGCUCCUAAACCAAGACCGAGAGUCAGCAGCUCGGUGGAACGGAAUGCAUCAACGCCACUAAUGAAUAGUAGCAGACAGAGUUCUUUUGACGAGGCCGACAAUGUGAAAUUCCGUGGCCCUACAUUUGGCACGUUAGAACGAGGACGUGAAAGGGAACGAGUGUCACCAUAUAAGGAUCAAUUCGACCAGGGGUAUCGGAAACCACCAACUGGUCCACAAAAACCUGCUCGAAGCUUAGAUCGUCGUAAAACAUUCUCCAGGGAGCGUGAUCGCGUUCAAGACAGUUCCGGAACGGAAGGUGAUUCCAGUCAACAAAGCCAGAGAUCGGUCGUAUAUCUUCAUGCCACAACAAUCGGUGCCAUUCCGCAGCCACAUGUAUUAAAUUCAAGACGUGCUCUAUCACGGGAAGAACUGACAUCGCUGAAAUCCAGUCAAAAUAGGGAACCGAUGACGCGAACAGUCUCUCGUUCCGUGUCCGUUUUAGCUCCAUGGAAACCGAAACAUCUACGAGACGGCUAUGAAAUCAAUUAUUCGCAGAAUCCCGAUAAGCAAAAAGACAGACGCAAAGAUCGCACAAGUUCGCUUACACGACCCAGAAAGUCUACAGCAAAAGACGAUUUAUCGUCCGUUCGUAACUCUUCACUGACCAGUAAUUCAACGGCCACACUACCGAAUCGUAGCAAGGAUCGUGACAGCAGAUCGAAUACACUAUCCAGGCCGAGAAAAAAGGAGAAUUUCCUACGAAUGGAAACUAAUGCACCGCCUGCAAUAUCCGCUACCGGUCGCAGACGUUGGAAUGAAUGAUAAUAAAUUAACGUUGUACAUAAACGAUAUAAAACUGAUGUCCGCUGAACGCUAAGCAUUGACUUACGGCUAAGUAACUGUAUUAACACGACAAAAAUACUUUUCUGAAUAAUUUAUUUGUUAAUUCGAUGGCACCUCUUUUUUUGUAACCAACAACAACACAUAACGAAUUUCUUCAAUUUUUACAUUCCCAAUAAAAUAAUCAAACGAAAAGCCUCGUAAUAACUAAGACA